AUGAAUAACCAACUACACAAUCUCAAUUGUAAAUUUUGCAAGAUUAAUCAGAACAAGUUUAUCUAGAAAGAAAUACAUGAGAAGUAUUUUGAUAGAUAUGAAAUUAUAGAUAUUUUGAGUAGUUCAAUUUUUAUUUUGCCAAGCCCAUAACAGAAAUAUUAGCUAAUGUUCCUAUAGAUCAUGUCAUUCUAUUUAAAGACCAACUGUAUUUACAUGAUGAAAAUGAAUAUAUGAAGCGAUUUUAUUAAAGAGAGGAACAGGAUCCAAGAAUUAAAUUACUUAGCGAUUUUUACUAUGAGUAAAAUAAAGUAACUCAUAUAUGUUGAUUAAUACUUUUAAGGUCCCAUAGCCCAAUUUAUAUAAAGUCAAUGCUCAUAAGUUCAUGGAGAAGAGAAUAAAUAAAUUGUUAAAAUUACAAUAAAAAGCAUAAAAUAGUUAGAAUCAACAACCAAUUACUAAAAAAAUGAUUCCUGAUCAUAUUUUUAGUGAAAACUACGUUGAAUCUGUAUCUGAGUAGUAUCGACAUACUUAUUUAGUUCCUAUCCCAAGGAACAAAUAUCAUGGGACAGCAAAUCGCAUAACAUCUAUGAGAUUUCAUAAAGUGUAGCAUAGUAGUCACAACCAAAAAACAAACCUUCUGCAUAAUUACCUAUUCUUAACAUAUCUGGUGAUCAAAAUAAACUAUUUAACUGUUAAAAUGACUAAGAUAUAGAAAAUAUCAUUUGUGAAGUCAACACACAAACAUCUCGUUAGUUAUCAUCAAUUACCAAAAUACCAUUCAAAAAGAAAUCUCCAACAAGUGCAACAAAAAAGAAAAAUUAAUCAAUUCAAUAGCCUUAGUAACCUAAAGUUCCUAUUCCACCAUUGAAACUCCAAGAAAGUGCUAAAUCAUCAACAACCACAGCUCCAAACAAUAAGUCAACAAGCAUUUAAUCUUUAAUGAAAAAAUAUGAUUAAAUAUUGUAAAAACGUUUUUAAGUGAAGGAAAUAUUAACAGAACGUAACGAAACCCGUUGCGCUGCUGGUUUUGGUUCUAAUUGUGGUAUUGGUACAAAUAGAGGAGAAGGGGGUUCAUCAAAAAAAUAAAUUACAGAUGAAAUGCUACUCAAAUUAAUAUCAAACAUGAAGAAGUCAAAAAAUAAAUCUGACAACUAUUAAUUUCAUGCCUCCUACAAAAGCGUAGUGUCUCAUCCUUAAACUGGUCCAGCUUAAUCAUGCACAUUUGAAAAAGAAAAUGAAAAAAAGAAAAAAUACCAAGUUUAUUUAGUAAGCUAUUUAAUUUAAUAGGAAGCCAAAAUAAAUUAAAAAAAACCCUUCUUAGAUGUCAUCACCGACAACAGUCUAAAAGUAAUUUAAGCUAAAUUAUAAUAGCACUUGUUCUCCAUCGAUGCUUCUUAGAUCCCUUUCAAAUCCUUCAAUGGCUCCUUCUCCAAUGAGGAGAUUAGAAAUUAAAGUUAACUUAAAUAAACUUAUAUAAUAAUAAGAACAAGAAAUAGGAUAUUGGACUUAAAGAUGCAAAGUUCGUUGA